AUGGCGCGCCGAACGUAUAGUAUCGCCAUGGUGUGCGACUUCUUCUUUCCCCAGCCAGGUGGAGUUGAAAGUCACAUCUAUCAACUUUCCUCCAAGCUCAUAGAUCGCGGCCACAAAGUGAUUAUCGUUACUCACGCCUACGACGAUCGCAAGGGCAUACGCUAUCUCACCAAUGGAAUCAAGGUCUAUCACGUCCCCUUUGCAGUCAUAUACCGAUCUGUGACCUUCCCAACCGUCUUUUCCUUCUUCCCAAUAUUUCGUAACAUCAUGCUACGGGAGCAGAUCGACAUAGUCCAUGGGCAUGCUAGUUUGAGCAGUCUUUGCAACGAGGCUCUGCUUCAUGCUAGGACCAUGGGAUUGAGGACUACUUUUACCGACCAUUCGCUCUUUGGAUUCGCUGAUGCUGGCAGCAUCCUGACCAACAAAUUACUCAAAUUCACUUUGAGUGACGUGGAUCACAUUAUCUGCGUCAGUCAUACGAGUAAGGAGAACACCGUUCUACGUGCUGCUCUGGAUCCACUCAUGGUCUCCGUGAUUCCGAAUGCCGUGGUUUCGGAAAACUUCAGACCUCUAAAUUACCCAGCAGAUCCGCCGGCUCAUGGCACUGGGUUUGGUCAGCCUCCUGCUCCUCCGAACCAGCUAGGCCCACACGAUCCAAUUAACAUAGUCGUGAUCUCACGAUUAUUUUACAAUAAGGGUACCGAUCUUCUGACCGCUUCCAUUCCGAGAAUCUUGGAAAACCACCCGAAUACACGCUUCAUCAUUGCCGGAUCUGGGCCAAAAGGCAUUGACCUGGAGCAAAUGAUUGAACAGAAUGUCUUGCAAGACAGGGUUGAAAUGCUGGGGUCAGUCCGUCAUGAAGAAGUCCGUGAUGUAAUGGUUCGUGGCCACAUAUAUCUGCAUCCUAGUCUCACCGAGGCAUUCGGUACGGUCAUUGUGGAGGCUGCCAGCUGUGGUCUCUAUGUCGUCUGCACGGCCGUUGGUGGUAUUCCUGAAGUCCUACCAAGUCACAUGACUGUGUUUGCCAAACCCGAAGAGGACGACCUUGUUGUGGCCACUGGCAAAGCCAUUGCAGCGCUUCGUGCCGGCAAGGUGCGCACAGAAAAGUUCCAUGACCAGGUCAAAGACAUGUACUCUUGGAGCAAUAUAGCCAAGCGUACCGAGCACGUGUAUCAAGGCAUCUCGGGUGAUAUCAGCGAGUCGGAAUUCUACGGAUACGACAUGAGCGAUCCUGCGACUUGGGCAACGAGCCGUGCCGGCGUCCGCAGUUUCGCUCUCAUCGACCGGCUAAAACGAUAUUACGGUUGCGGUAUUUGGGCCGGAAAGCUAUUCUGUCUUUGUGUGGUUAUUGACUAUCUCUUGUUCCUAUUCUGCGAGUGGUUGUGGCCAAGAGAGCGCAUCGAUAUUGCUGCAGAAUGGCCUCGAAAACACUUUGUAGAGAAUGACGAGGACUAA